CGCGAUGUGGCGAAAAAGACUGAUUCAACGAAAUAUGCCUGCAUUAAGAUUUAAAACGUGCCGUCUACUUCCAGGAAAUGUUCGGAACAGAGAACUUUCUCUAAUCCAACGCCGCAUUCUCCGAAGAUUGAGGAACAAGAGGAGAUCCAUUAAAAGAAAUCUUUCUCAGAGAGAAAAUCUAAACAGUAACAUCAAAUCACAAACUACACGAAAGUUGUCCCUUUAUUAUGGGGAUUUACCCAUAAGGGAGAUGCACAGAGGAAGAGAACGAACUUCAUAUAUCCCUUUUUUACUCAAUCAAGAAACAAGAUCGGACGUGAUUCCGGUUCGUCUCCGUUUUAGUGACACUCUUCCUCAAGCAAGGCAGCCGAUAAGUCAUCGAAGGGUUUGUUUGAAUAAUGGACUGGUAACCAUUACUCAUUUUAAAGUUUCCCAUGGUGAUCUAAUAUCUUUUAAAGAAAAUGACGCGAGAACCCGCGGUGAAGAAAUAAGGAGAUCUUUCUAUAUCGACAUAUCAGUUGGAAAAAUCAUAGGCAAAUUCCUACCGGUCAGAAUCUGGAGAAGAACAAAAACAGAAUGGUUCCGCUUACUCACAACUCAGAGGGGAUGCCGCUUACUACUAAAAUCCGGGUUUUUGCAAGAGUUGCGUUCUUAUAUGCAAGAAGAAGACUUAGAAAGAACAAAGAAGUUUGGAUCCGCAAAAGUAUGCUUAGGCAGUUCCUUCGCUGAGCACAACAGAAUGAAGAGGAAUUUGUUUCAUUUCAAAUACUUCUUCUUAUGGAAAAGAAGGAAGGAGGAAGAGGAAGGGGUAGAGGAGAUCCUCAAAGUUAUCGAGGAAAACGAAAACCGAAAAAGAGCAAUAAGCCCUUUUGUUUACACAAACAAAUUAUAUAGAAAUUCGACCUAUUGCUCCGGAUCCCCGUUUACUAUUACUAGGAAGAUAAGAAUCAAAAGGAUCGAACUACCUACUCAUUAUUCGGAGGUGAAUCAUAGAACACUAAAAGCUGUGGUAUCUUAUGGACCUAACAUAGGUCACAUCCCUCACGACAUAAGAUUGAAAGAUCCAAACCUUCCUCUUCGGAGCGGAAACGGACGUGGCCAAAACAUAUAAAAAAGAUCGGCCUAGUCGCUCAUAGGGACAUAUCUAUCCGGAUAGAGGAGAGGAUAGUCUAGAUCAAUUUUUAGAAAAAUCUCUCUCUAUAUAGAAUAGAAUAGAUAGGUAUCUCUGUGGAUAGAGAUAAAGAUAGGGAUCCCUCGAAAUAUAUGGAAAAAGUGCACUUUUUUACUACUACUACUAUUUCUUAUUCUUAGACGAAACAUCGUUUUUUCGAUUUUGACUGAAUUGGUCGGAGCGUAGACGAGCGAGCAGAGCCCAGGAAAGAGGUCAGAUCGUCAUAGAGCAGUCGACUAUAAGUAUAAGACUGCUGGCCUGAGAGAAGGCAGUCUCUCUCGGGAAACAUGGCCCAGGGUUCUAUAGUAUAGUAUAGUAGCCAGACUAUAGGAAAAUCAAGUCUCAUGUUGCUCCUCAGAAAACGCGUAUAGUAUAUAGUAUAUAGUAUAUAGUAUAUAGUAUAUAGUAUAUAGUAUAUAGUAGUAGUAGUAUCAUUGGCCAAAGUAAAGUCGAUGGGACAAACGCUGUUCGUUAGAACUAGCAUUUUGUUUUGUCAUGGAAUCAAGUCUAUUUGUUCGAAUGUUCUUUUUUUCGUUUCGUUGGAAAAACCAACGCCGACGUCAAGAAUGGAUCAGUCUAGUCUCCUUUCUCUUUUGGGAGCAGAGCUGAAAAAGAUGGAAUUGUCAAGUACGAUGAUAUUUUUAUUAACGGAUAGAAAAAUGCUAUUAUCAAGUAGUAAACCCAUUAUGAUUGCAACUCGUGGGAUGCCUGGAAUCCCACUAAAUCGAGAAUCGGAAUCGGUGGAGGAUGUGCAUAGGGUACUCCGAGCCCUCCCCUUAUUUAGAGAAAUGGAAGGUAUCUUGCGUGAGAGGAACCUGAAUCUCCCGUCAGUACAGGAAAUAAGCGCUUUCCGUGUGAAUCUAUUCUCUGGUAUCCGGCGUGAGAGUGCGAUUGCGGACUACGACGCUUUUUGGCGCUCCUUACUCGAGGAGAUUCACACACCUCAGGGACGUAGUUGUUUUGGUCAGAGAAUACAAGAUCUGCACGCCCGAAUGUCUGCCGAGGGCAACUGGGACUACUUGAUUGCCCAACAAGGCAGAGGGUAUUUUGGUAACCUACCUAAUCUCAACAGCCCGUUGGAUCAAUAUCAAUUUGGAAUUCACCCAAUUCUGGAUCUGAAUAUUGGUGAGUACUAUGUCUCAUUCACAAAUCUAUCCUUGUCUAUGCUACUCACUCUCGGUUUGGUCCUACUUCUGGUGCUGCCAAUGAUUCUUCGUUCAUUAGAAUGUCGAUUCCUCACAAUCGCUCUUUGUGAUGCUGCGGAACCAUGGCAAUUAGGAUCUCAAGACGCAGCAACACCUAUGAUGCAAGGAAUCAUUGACUUACAUCACGAUAUCUUUUUCUUCCUCAUUCUGAUUUUGGUUUUCGUAUCACGGAUGUUGGUUCGCGCUUUAUGGCAUUUCAACGAGCAAACUAAUCCAAUCCCGCAAAGGAUUGUUCAUGGAACUACUAUCGAAAUUAUUCGGACCAUUUUUCCUAGUGUCAUUCCAUUGUUCAUUGCUAUACCAUCGUUUGCUCUGUUAUACUCAAUGGACGGGGUAUUAGUAGAUCCAGCCAUUACUAUCAAAGCUAUUGGACAUCAAUGGUAUCGGACUUAUGAGUAUUCGGACUAUAACAGUUCCGAUGAACAGUCACUCACUUUUGACAGUUAUACGAUUCCAGAAGAUGAUCCAGAAUUGGGUCAAUCACGUUUAUUAGAAGUUGACAAUAGAGUGGUUGUACCAGCCAAAACUCAUCUACGUAUGAUUGUAACACCCGCUGAUGUACCUCAUAGUUGGGCUGUACCUUCCUCAGGUGUCAAAUGUGAUGCUGUACCUGGUCGUUCAAAUCUUACCUCCAUCUCGGUACAACGAGAAGGAGUUUACUAUGGUCAGUGCAGUGAGAUUUGUGGAACUAAUCAUGCCUUUACGCCUAUCGUCGUAGAAGCAGUGACUUUGAAAGAUUAUGCGGAUUGGGUAUCCAAUCAAUUAAUCCUCCAAACCAACUAAACCGGGGAAGCUGAAGCGGAAAUGCAAUUCUCGGGUGAGGGAAGGCUUCGCUCGCUCGCUCAAAAAGCUCUAACGCUCGUUUACGAGUGGAGUGCAUAAGCCCUUAUUGAAGUAGGGCGAGGCCUUACUACACGAGCUCGUAAGUAAAGCACGGAACGAGCCUUGUCUACGAAGCUUCGCUUCAUCAUCUUGCUUGCUUCUGCCGAAGCUUAACGCACUAUAACAUAGGCAUGCAUGAUGGUAUGGUAGGAAGACUCCUUUUAAGGCCGACCACUACAUAGGAGCGAUAGGAAGCCAAGCCGUCAAAAGGAAAGGCGAGCAGCCCUUAUUGCAAUAGCAAACGGCCUACUUAUAGCCCUAUUUAUACCCUUUAUCGGGGACGGGCCUUACAAGCUCAAUAAAUUGCAAUUCUUCACCUUUUCCUCAGACAGUGGGAAUGAAUUUUCUUACUUGAUUGACAUUGACAGAUAUGUGUACCACACCGAACAAGCAAUAUGUCAUAUGCUUGAUGUACCAGCCAAGCCAGCUCUUUUUUUCUCCGUUCCCUUAUCCUUAGCGCUAAAGUCAAAAUAAAAUGCAAGAGAGUUUGUAUUUGCAAAUGAAAAUGAAUAUGGAUCUAAAAAAAAUUAUAUAAUCAAUCAAUAAAUAAUAAUUGGAAUAAUAUAAAAAAUAUCCUUCGCGUAUUCGUUUAGAAUCUUGUUGACCCUACUCGCUUACUCCUAUUUUCCUGCUUUCUUUUUCGACAGAAUUCAUUCUAUUCUAACUUUCUUGAAAGAAUGGGGUUCUGGGCUCACCCUCUCUUCCUUUUUGAGAAAGAUGGGCUGCCCUGGGAGUCUCGCCUUGGUGAUUCUUUCUCUCUUGGGGGUCUUCUUCGGUAGCGAAUCCGCUCUCAUAAAUUGGAUGAAUUCUUCUGGGUCGGCUUCGGGAUCCGCCUCUGAGAGUUGGCAAAAGUACCUCAACUUAUCGGAGUCGGAGGAAAAUGCCGCGUCCGAACCAUCCACAAGCCACACCCCGCCGAACCCUGAACCUGAAGCACCAUCCAUUUCGUUCUUGCGAGAACGAAUCAAAAAUGUUAUUCGCUCAUGCCAGCGUAUACGAAAAUAAAAAAUCCUAAAAAGGAUUAACGAAGAUCUUCACCUUGAAACGGCGAGCGCCGAGAAGCGGGUAAAAAUCGCCCAGGUCCUCGAUAACAUGAACUGGAAAAGGGUUUUCUUUUAUACCUAUACGGGGGAACCUAAGAUAAAGCCCAUAUCGACUUAACGGUCCACGAUUGGGAUCGCGCACGAAAAGGCUAAACACAGCCUUUUUCUUGUCCUCGGGACAGCGGGCUAGUCCCGUGCCUGUUUUUUUGAGUUGGGGUACACAAUCUUCCUUGUGACUGCCAAACCAGAUUUCCGUUUUUAGGGAGAAGGUGUAGUCUUUUUGAACGGUGGUAUCGUCAAGAAGAACGAGGCCCGCCCCAUUUCUGGGGCGGGGGGAAGGAGAAGUGGGACUGUGGGUCUCCUUUCAUUUCAUACAACCUGAUGGAUUCGAUGCUUCUUUUUGGCUACCUUUUAUAUGACUCUGACUAUUGCUGUUAAUAGAUACCUGCUUGCUUCUUGCUUACUGGCAACCUUUAUAAGAUCUCCACCUUCAAGCUUGAGUACAAGCAGCUCUUUAAAAAAGGGGAAUUCCGGUCCCUCCCUAUCCUUCAUGUGCUCUUUCAAGAUCACCCUCGACAGCGCAGUUAGGUCUUAGAGAAGGAACUGAUUUACCUAAGUCUAAGUAAGUAGCCAACUUCCGAUAAUCAUUCCUAGCUUUGCGCUAGAUUCAGUAUGGUGAUACACAUUUUAGAAAUAACAAGGGAUAAUAGCUCUUCUUAAGAGAAUGGCUGCUUUGGGGGAGUUCUCUUUCCCUCUAACCUCUAACUCGAAAUUGAAUAAGAGAAGACAAAGCUACGCAUUCACUCGUAGCACUCGUUAGGCCCCCCAUGAAUAUGCAUGGAGCCAUGCGCAUGAUUCCAAGAGCGAGGCGAAACUAAAUAAGAAUAACCAGUAAUGUCACGAAUGAAUGAAGCAAGCACUUUUAGAUGGUAUCGAUCAGAGCCAAUCCACCCUGUUCUUUCCUGAUUAUCGUCACUUAAAUGAAAUCCCACUAGCUGAAAUAGAAUCCGUCAAGUAAGAGAUAAGCCAGAGAUCCAGAUCAUUAGAAUACGUUACCGGUCCAAGAUGGGCCUCAUCGCGAAAAAGAGUAUGUUAUUCCUAUCACUAGGAGUAGUAGCGCUAGCGGCGCAGAAGGAGAAAGUAGCUAAGCGCUAAGAAGCUAUCUAGAGAGUUUCCAGCUGAGGUUUCCUAUUGGUAUCGGCGGAGAACGGAUCUGAGAACAGCUUCUGAUUUUGUUUUGCAAUCAAGUGCAGGAUGAAAUGGAAGAUAAUCAAUGGAAUCCAAGUAUCUUUGCCUUCCUUCUUCGCUUAUUAUCUUUGGCCAAUGUCCCAAGAAUAGGUUGAGAGAGAAUAUCCCCUAGCUUGACUUCCAACUCUUCACAGAGCAGUCGAUUCGGUCAUCACAUGUUACUGGUUGGAUGACGAUCGGAAAACUCUUAGUAGGUUGGGAUCAAGAAGAAGGAUUGGUGCCGGACAAGAGAUAAGAAUAGAGAGAGAGUGUAAUCAAAGCAAGGGAUAACGGUCAAGUGCACAUUUCAUUCAUGUCAAGGCUAUCUGAAAAGCAAGGGAAAUCAUGAUUCAUUGGAUUGGCAAAUCAGACAGAUUUAAGAGCUAUACUUGGCUAAAGCAUAAGACAAUACUGCGGUGAAAGCCUUAAGCCAGGAAAAUAAAAAAAUGUUAAUGAAUUAUUGACCCUAGUCUAAAGGUACCAGUAUCUUUCCCAAGCACCAACUCGCUUUCGAUUUUUUAUGUGGGCUCCCUUUUCCUUGUGUUAAAAGUGCCAACUUCUUAGUUUUCGUACUUGAAUUCGGAAUUGGCAAAACUUGAUCCUAUUUGACCUACUGUAUAGAUAGCCCUAUUUAAUAAGUUGCUCCUAUUUUGGUAUUUCGUGCAUCCGUUUCCACCAUCCAUUUCUGCCUCCUGGCAGAAAUGCAGGGAAUGUGUAUCGUUCUAGUCUCUUCGAAUCAAUCAAUAUGACUAUCGGAAGAAGAAUAACUACCUUCUCGAAUCGAAAUCAAGACUCUUCUCUUGCGGGAAGCGUAAGUAGUGGAAUGAGGCUGGAACCCAUCAAUAUCGCUAAACCUGGAGAGUUGCUUGUGUUGGGUUCAAAGUUUCGCUCUACCAAGGCAAGGCAAGAUAUAAUAUAAUACGCAUCCAGCUUUAGCUGAAUAUAGUGAGUGUUAAGCAAAGUACAGUACGCCUUUAGUUAAGAUUUAUCCCAGUUUAGUUCCUUUUUAGUUUAGUUAAGCCAUUUAGUUUAGUUACGUGAAGUCGGCCCUCGAGUCUUAGUAGAGUAGCCUAAAGCAGUGGAAACUUGCCAUGCAUUCUACUCAAUAGGGAAGUUAAGUUAUAGAAGUCUUUCUUCCUCUUCUGGUGAAGCUAGCUACUGUCGUUUCUAUUGGUUUCUCAAGAGGCUCAAGGUCUUGCUCUACCUAAUCCGAUCUAGUUCCGGUCUGUAAUGAUGGAUAGGAAGGGUUGAGAGAACUACGUAUCUCGCCUAGCAUUUGUGUGUGCGCACCUGCUUUUGGGCGGUUAGCGAAACGAAAGUAAAGACAGCUAUGUGUGAUGAAGUAAGCCCUACGAUGCUCGGUUAAGUAAAGACUGCUGUUAUCUCAUACAAAACAAGGACUCGGGAGAAGAACUAGUUAUCCCCAGAGGGGGAACUAUGAUUCUCUCAGAUGUGUCUAUCGAUAUAGAUCAAGUUGAGUGUUCAGCGAAGUAUGCUAGCCAUUGGCCUUACGUUCAGGAUACUCCUUCCUGUCCUUGCGAUGUUUGGUUAAGUGUUAUCAAUCAGCUUUCCUCUUCUUCCAGCAUUCUUCUAAUCAUUGGUUUGCCUCUAACGAUGGUUGAAUAGCUCCUGUUGUUUGUCUCCACCUUCCUUCUCCCUGUAAGUUGUCCUCAUACUCCCAGUUCUUUCUCUUCUUUCUUUUCUUCCUCUACGACUUUACUAUACUAUAUUAUUCUUGAAUAAGCUAGUGAUUAUCUGAGGCUUACAGUAUGGUAUACCGAGGGCUAACUCCACUACUUCAGAUUGUUGAAUCGAAUAUACCUUCUAUAUACCUAGCUUAGAGUAUUUGAACCUGUUACGUCGAUUGCUGAACCACUUUGACGCGUUGGCUUUGGCUCUGGCUUUUCCUAUAUCUGAAUGUUUCGGAAGAGUCCGUGGCUAUCCUGCGCGAAAGAGGAAGAACUCAACUCUUUGCAAAAAAAGGAGCAUCGCUCUAAUCACUUAUGGUUGUUCCUUUCCAGGAUGGAUGGCUACUGCAUAUUAUCAUAUAGAAAUCAAAUGAAAACCCUACUGAAUUAGGCAAGCGAUUAUUCGCAUCGUUGCUUAGGUGCUCUAACAAGCCGCAAUUGGUUAGAGAUUGGAUCAAGUUCCAGGCUUUUUAAAAAGUGCCUUCCAGCUUACUUAAUUGACUCGCAUGGGCUUUCUCGCUAUAAACGAACUAAACGAAGCGCCUAAAGAGAGAGAUCCGCGGGACACCAGUCAAUAAAGUAAAAAGAGAGUAUUCUCUUAUGUAGUCUUAUUCCUUCCCACCCCCUUGUGGGUGCUGCUCAAGCAGCUCAGGAGGCGCCAACCCCACAACCACAGGUAGAAGGAGUUCCAGGUGCGGCGUCCAGAUCAGGGACUAGUGGCCCGUCCUGUUCGGAUGUAAAGGAAAGAUGAAAAACUUUUCUCAAACAGUGGGGAAAGGGCCCCAUACGUCAAAGCCAGAUAAAGAAUCUCCAACAAGAUUCGAAAUUGGAUCGUUCAAGUCCAAAGGAUAGAGAAGAAAUCCUCAUGGUCACCAGAAGAUUUUUCAUCGAGACAAAACGCUGCUAACGCUGUAGUAUUGGAAUAUUGGGACUACUAUACUACUGCGAGCGGGAAAAAAAGAAAAACCUUCUGUCGACUAGAGUUUGAUGUCGAUUUAUCCACACUUCCAUGACUUCUAGAGGAAAGCUAACUGCUUGCUGGCUGGGAGCUGUAUGAGCGGUAACGUCCACGUACGGCUCCGUGAGAAGGUGGACGGAAAUUUGUUGUACCUCACUCCCG